AUGGCGUUCAUCAAGAUCGAAAUCAUUUCAGACGCAAUCUGUCCCUGGUGCUACAUAGGAUAUCGAAACCUUCAAAAGGCAAUCUCCUUAUACCGCAAGACCUACCCCGGCGGCUCGAAAAACACUAUAGAAGUGUGGUGGAAACCAUACUUCAUCGACCAAGAACCGCCAAAGGAAAGCAUCUUAAUACAAGGUCAGUCUUCGAUGCUAUGGUACGCACGACACUGCGAAGAGCCGAACCUAACUCAGAGGCUAGACCGUAUGCUCCGCCGCAUGGAUCCCAAAAUGGUAGCAGCGGCCCAGACCCGCUUGAAGCGUGUAGGUGCGGAUGCCGGGAUCCGAUUCAAGCUUGGUGGGUAUAUCGGGUCGUCUAGACUAGCACAUCAGCUGCUGUAUCUGGCCGCGCGGGAGGGGAGUGAGCUGCAGUGUCGGGUUUCAGAGUUGCUCUUCCACUACCAGUUUGAGGAGGAGACCGAUAUUAGUCAAUUAGAUACCGUGAUUGCUGUUGGGGUACAGGCUGGACUUCGUGAAGAUGAUGUCCGAGAGUGGCUAGCUAGUAGUGCUGGAGUGGCGGAAAUGGAAGCUGAAGCGAAGAAGGCAAGGGCUGAUGGAGUUACUGGUGUGCCCCAUUUUGUUAUCGGGGGAAAGCAUCAUAUGGAGGGUGCUAUGGAUAUGUCGGAACUGUUUGAAGCCUUUGUUGCUGUUAGAGAAGGACAGUCGAGUUAG